AUGGAAACCUCAGAUAGAGUAGAAACGCAUUUAGUCUGCCGCUGUCUUCUAUUCCUUGUUUUCAUUUCUCAUGUCUCGACAAGUGACACUAUCUUCGAUGAAACUGAUACAUUUCCGGAAAUGAACGAAGACGAGGAAACUUCUACGAUCGAUACAGCUCUGCGAAUGUACAGAGAACCAAGAAUGAACCGACGCGGUUACGGUAAAGAUCGUGGAUCGAUGUAUCAGGACGAUCAUCACGACGAUCAUCACGACGAUCAUCACGACGAUCAUAUGACAAAAGAGGAAGAGAACGGAAUGAAAGCCAUGGGGCAGGCUAAAGUUGAUUACUGGGGCGGCUACUAUGAUUUUCUGAUAAACGAGGGAAGUUACAAAUUUUGGGCAGUGUUUCAACUUGCGACCGCGGCUCUCCUCAUCUACAGUGGUUUCGCCGCGCUUUAUUACGCCAAGGUGAAUCCGCCGGCAACGGACGACGAGUUCGACGACAUAUUACGUCGUCGACGGAAACGCAGUGUAUUCUCCAUUUCUCCACGAGAUAGAUCGUUCUGCGGUUUGGACAGUGCUACGUUUCAGAGGAUAAUCGACGCGGUUGCUAGAGACAUCCACUAA